AUGCAAGGAAGUUACAAUAACAAUGGUUUACCAAGACCAUAUUAUAUGAAACCAUCAUCAAAAAGGAAACAUUCAUCACCAUAUGAUAAUUUAAAAGAACCAAUAAUUUUUUUCAAUAGUCCAAAAAGAAAAUUAUUUGGUUAUAUUUUCAUGUUUGGUAUAUUUUCUUUAUUAAUGUAUUGGGUAUCACAAGAUUUAAAAGAAAAACCAGAAAUAUUUUAUGAAUUAGCCCCAUCUGAUGAUAACACCAAUGAUAAUAAUAAUCUUAAUAAUAUAGAUUCAAAAAUAAAUUCAAAUAAUAAUAGAAACUCAGAUUUAAAUGAUAAAUAUAAUAAAGAAAAUAAAAAUUUAAAUAAUAUAGUAGAUCCAUCAAUAAAUACCAAUAAUAAAGAUGAUUCAAAAAAUUUAGAUUUAGCUGGGAAUUUAGCAUUAGGUUCAAAUGGUAAAAAAGGAGUAGGAAUAGUUGAAGCUCCAAAAGGUGGUAUAGCGAAUGAAGGUCAUAUUGUUGGAAAUAAUGAAGAAGAAUUAAUUGGUUCUGGAAAAUCAAAACCAAAAGCAAUGAAAAAUUAUAAAAUUGAUAAUAAAGAUAAAGAUAAUAUAAAUGAUAAUAACGGUGGUUCUGAAAAUGGUAAAACUCCUCAUGAAAUGGUUCAACAGAUACUUGAAGAUACUCAGUAA